UGAAAUCAACGGGCAAGGCUCUGAAUGACUCCGGAUCGCCUAGGCAGUGGAUUUUGCUGGACCAGACGACGAAUCACGGCUGCAAAAUGGCUGAAACAGAUUCAGCUAUAGUCCGGGUGCGACUUAAAACAGUGAUCGGGCUGGUUUCUCCCGAUAUCAGACUGAACAGACGGAUGCUAUCUGCAAUGAACUGGCUGGGGGAUUUCACCGAUGAGGACAUCGAAGAGCUACCAAAAUCAGUUUGCGAAAUGGGACUGAAAGCCGAACCAGACGAGCGACGUAGGUUUAUGGGAGAUUACUGGACUGAUCCGCACCGUACCGCAUUCGGAAAAUCGUUUGAGAAGCUCAAUGCAUGUUACAACGUUUCGUGCGGAACGGAGUCAGGUGAAUCGGGUUCUGAUAGUAACAGCUUAAUCCCGUACGAAUGGACAUGGCCAAAAACUUUUUGAACUCAAUGAGACUCUUUUCUAAUUAAUAAACGCAAAGGUUGUCCAACAACGUCACAUGUUUAUUGCCCACAAAUGUACAUAACUUCUUCUUCGCUCAAUCUUUUUCUUCUUAUUCUCAAC